CAUAAGAGGCUAAAGCUGCUUGAGAACCAGGGGCAAGGGAUGUAGACUAGCUAGGGGACUAAUUUAUUGUAGUAGGCUUGCUUGACGUUUUAUUGCAGUGAAAAAGUUAACAUGCGCUCCGUUUCAAAUGUGCCAUGCCUUUUUGGAAUGACUUUCGAGCCAGAUCUGAAAGGUCAUAGCAACACCAAUGGAGGCUGAAGAUGGUGGACAUUUGUUGGAGUUGAUAUUUCAGAUCUGAAUACCAGGUUAGGAUGCAUCUGGAGAGUAGAAGAUAAAGCAACAACAAUGAUACUUUUGGAGGUGUGCUGCUGCCUGAUUGGCUGGAUUUCACUCUACUUUGCAUUCUGUUACCUGAAUGGCCAGCGGGGCAAGGAGUGGAACUGCAGGCUGGUGACACUGACACAUGGGAUCCUCAUAGUAUGUCUUACUGCAUACAUUAGCUUCAUCGAUGGGCCCUGGCCUUUAACACAUGCAGGUACAGAGAACACCCCGCUCCAGAUCCUGGCCCUGGUGGUUAGUCUGGGCUACUUCCUAUUCGACUUUGGCUGGUGCAUCUGCGUCCGUACCGAGGGCCCUGUCAUGCUGGCCCACCACACCAUGAGCAUCGCAGGCAUCCUGUUGGCGCUGGGCCUGGGCAAGUCGGCAGUGGAGACAUGUGCCGUGAUUUUCGGCAGUGAGAUCACCAACCCCUUGCUGCAGGCCCGCUGGUUCCUCCGGCAGGUGGGCCGCUACGACAGCCUGUGGGGGGACGCGGUGGACCUGCUCUUUAUCCUGCUCUUUGCCCUGGUGCGUGUAGGAGUGGGUGGCAUGAUGCUCUACUGUGAGCUCACCUCUCCCCGGCCCAGCCUCAUCAUGAAGGGAGGGGGCCUGGCCAUGUACACACUGGCCUGGGUCUUCAUGGUGGACAUUGCCAAGUUUGCCUGCAAGAAAAGCAGGACAAAGUACAAGAGGUGGCAUGAGAUGUGCAAGUUGGGAGAGGUGAAUGGACACACAGGGAAGACUGAGUGAAGAGUGAGGUGACUGGGGUGGAGGUAUUUCAUCUGAGACACAUUGGGCGACCGUCAGCUGCAGUCCCGACAUUGUGUUCCAGGGAUCACCUGCUGGGUGGUUGUGAGCGGUGGGCAUCUAACCAGGUUCAAUAUGUAAAAUCUGGGAUGGAGGUCUGAGAUUGGCUCAGGGGUGUGAAACUAUCAGAUCCUUAGGGCUCUUUCCCCACACGAAAACAGACGUGAAAUGCAAAUAAGCUGCUGUAGCCUGGGCAGUGUGUUCCAAUGCAUAUUUAACUUCAAAAUGUUUUUCAAAUAUUUUGGCAGUCAGUAGCAGUCUCCCUGGUGUAUAUCAGCUUUUACCCUUGGUGGCUGAACUACAGUACAAGUUGGAUGCUGCUCUGCGAUAUUGCGUUCGUCCACUUGCUGAUGGUGAACUGAAGAGUUUGAUGUCUGAUGAACAAUUGAUCAACAUUUGUACAAAUGCAGCUCUACCUCAUUUAGACUUUAAUUGUGGAACUCCCUCACAGGGAGUGUUUGACAUCAGUGUUUGAUGUCGGUGGCACUGAAGAGGUUUGAAUACAAACUCUAGCACACAUAUUUUAUUGUAAUCUCAUAGGAAUGCUAAAAGGAUGGAACAUUUUGUCUACCUCAGUGAAGUUACUUAUUACCUUGUCAAUGUGUUUUAGUUUUGACAAAUUAAAUAUUUCACAUUUCAAACUAUUUCUAAUUUAAACUGACAAACAAAUGAUGCUAUUAUCAGACUUGGUAUUCAAUAUGGUUUACUGGACCAUGUUGUUGUGCUUGAACUAGAUUUUUGUGUGUGCUGCUUAAAGUUAAAAGUUGAUCCUUGCAUCACAGUUUACAUGGAAUGUUACUGAUUGUUCAGUAACCUUGAUCAGUAACCAAAACUAAGCUGUACUUCGAUCAUAUGCUGGUAUGGUCAAUAUUGUACAAUAUUUUAAGUGUGACUGCCGAGGCAAGUCUCACUAAUAUACUGCUAUUGCAACUAUUUUUAAAUUGGUUUUGCAAUACAUUAUAUGUCCUCUGGGUGACAGUAUAUGCUAAUGUUAUGUUUCCAAGAGCGUCAUGAGGAAGUGUGCCCCCAAGAUUGAAAUUGCACUGAUGGAAGUUCCUCUACACUCCACCUUGGUUAUUUUAUGACUAAUGAAUGAGACUGUAACAACCAAUAACUAAUCCUGAUUGAUUUUAAUUUGUGAUGAGAUAAUUUAUGUUAUUAUAGUAUGUUAUGCAGCCAGAUAAAGUGCUUUAUUAAGCAGGUAGGCCUAGGCUAUACCGUGACUAAUUACCAAGUGCUUAGAUUGUCCAUGCUAUGGGCUAAAGAUGUGGAAAGUCUGAUACAUUACCAGACAUAAAAUCCUCUGCUCAUGGAUAAGGGAAUACCAUUAGUUAUUUUCAGUGUAUAGAAUACACCACAAAACAGACUGUCAUGUAGAAUAUAUGAUGCUAUAAAUGAUUAACAAAGGAUUUUGUGCUCAAAUUAUGCCUAUAGCCUAAAGCGCUUCAGACUUGAGUCAUUUAGGCAUAAUACUUAGAUACCGUAGGUUAUACAUCUAUAUAAAUACACAGUUGAAGUCGGAAGUUUACAUACACCUUAGCCAAAUACAUUUCAACUCAGAUUUGCACAAUUCCUGA